AUGGCUACAGACGAUAAUCGAGGCAAACUCGCCGCGCUGGUCAGCUGUGUGGCCGCGGGCGCCGUGUGCAUCCUCUCCCCCGUCAGGGGAACCUACCGCCCUCUGAAGCGCAAGGAAUAUCACCAAAAAAAGCACGCCCUCAAGCGCAGCUUUGCCAAAGACAAAGACAAGAAGCAUUGGAAGCGCUCCGACGCUCUCGCACUCGACAAGCGCGCUUUCGAAUUGCCAACCCCUACCCCUGAUGACGCCGAACGCCCUGCUAUCAAGCAGCAGAAAACUGAAACGCUUCAUAAGCCUGCGAAUGGGCAUGAUAGUCAGCCCGUUAUCACACUCACUGCCCCCGACACACGCAAUCAUUCCGAAUUCGACUUCAUCAGCCAUAGCUAUAGCCCCGCGCGCAACCGCACGACGGACGAGUCUGGCAUCGCGCGGCAGGGCCUCGUGGUGCCUCCCAAGUGGUCCAAGAAGAAGCAUGGCUUUUUUCACGAUCGGAACGCGAUGAUGCCGUCUCCCGGGGAAGAAGCAUAA